AUGCGAAAUCAGAGUCACAGUUUAGAUGCAGAUACCCAAAUUAGCGCCGUCGAGCAUUCACCAUUGUCACCCCCACCUCGAAUAUAUGCGGAAGAGAAGGAGACUAUGUGUCUUAUGCCCACAGACGUAGACAGCACAUACUCCGACGACUCAGAUCCGCUGAGUAACAUCAUUGGACCUGCUCCACCGCCAAAAAGCUCUGCAGACACCGAUACACCUCUCCGAUCUCGUGGUCGUGGGGCAUUCAAAGCCACAAAUUCGAGUAACAUAGACGCGCAUUUUUUAUUAAAUUACGACCCCGCGUUAGAUGUACAUCUCGAAGAUGAACAUGACACCAAAGCUGACCGCCGCGGGCACAUCCGCCCUGUGCCAGGUCUUUUGAACCCUAAAGAAAUAGACAAACAUGUCGAUGAUGACUGGGACAUGGCGUUAGAGGCACUCAGGGAUCGUGCACUAUGGAAACGGAAGGGCGCAGAACGAUUACGUGAAGCCGGAUUUGAGGAUAAAGUGGUAGAGAAGUGGGAAGCAAACAAAUCCUUCGCUGGCCUAAAUUCGAGUAGCAGGACCCAUCUCGAUGGUGACAGCAGGGACAUCGAGAGUGUGAAGUGGGCUAAGAAAGGGGAAGGGAGGGAAUGGGAUCGCGGCAAGGUCAUUGACGAGGAUGGUCACGUCUCUGUUAAGCCUACUUGGUAG